AAUUAGUAUAAAGUUUGUGCGCCUUAUCCACUGCGAGAUUCACACCCAUCCUCCAACGAAGAAAAAUGGCAUCUCCUCCAUGCUACUCCUUUCUCCUCCUCUCGAAUCCUCCGUUUCUACCUUCUCUGAUUCCUCGCUACGCUUCUAGAUACUCCUUCACACGGCGAACACAACGCUUCUCCUCCUUCGCCAGCUCUCUUCAUGGAAUCAGAAGAAACAUCGAGGUCGCUCAAGGAGCUCAAUUCGAUGAGCUGGUUCUGACUAGAGACGAUGUGAGUGAGGAUGAUGAGUUAACGGUACAAGUGUGUGUGACUCGUACGUUGCCUCCAGCUUUGACUCUUGAGGUUGGACUUGAGAGAGUCAUGGAAGCUGUGGACGAACUCAAGACUGAUCCUCCUAAGUCCUCUAGUGGCGUCUUGCGAUUUCAAGUGGCUGUGCCUCCAAGGGCCAAAGCUUUGUUCUGGUUCUGCUCUCAACCUGUGUCUUCCGGUGUAUUCCCUGUGUUUUUCCUCUCCAAGGAUACUGUGGAGCCGUCUUAUAAGUCGCUCUAUGUAAAGGAACCUCAUGGGGUUUUUGGAAUUGGGGACGCACUCUCUUUCCUUCAUCACUCCAAGGGUCAUAGCAGCAUAAAAACAUUCCUCUCAGAUGAAUCAGCUAUGGUGACGGCCUAUGGUUUUCCAGAUAUUGAUUUCAACGGAAACUCUAGUGUAUAUAGCAAGGAUGGCUCUUCUUACUUCUUCGUUCCUCAGGUCGAGUUAGAUGAGCACGAGGAGGUCUCCAUAUUAGCAGUUACCCUGGCAUGGAAUGAUUCUCUAUCCUAUAGUUUUGAGCAAGCAAUUAGUUCAUAUGAGAAAUCAAUUUUUCAGGUUUCUUGUCAUGUCUGCCCCAAUUUAGAGGAGCAUUGGUUUAAAAAUCUAAAAAGUUCUCUUGCAAAGUUGGAUGUAAAAGAGAUUCAUCCAAUUAAGAUGGAGCAUAUGGAGUAUUUAACAUUUUCUGGGAGAGAUCAGGGUGACGCCAAGGAACUGAAAAAUAUACAACCAUUAUGUCAGUUCCACUGCAAGCUUUCACCUGACGUUGUUUUCUCAAACAACAUGCUGAAUCAGGAGGCUGAAGUGAGCAACUCCUUGAAAGAUCAGGCUAAUAUCAAUGCUGUAUGGGCAUCAGCUAUAAUUGAAGAAUGCACUCGUCUUGGUUUGACGUACUUUUGUGUAGCUCCUGGAUCAAGAUCCUCCCAUCUUGCAAUUGCUGCUGCCAACCACCCCCUUACAACGUGUCUUGCAUGCUAUGACGAACGAUCUCUUGCAUUUCACGCUAUUGGGUAUGCUAAAGGAUCCCUUAAACCGGCUGUCAUUAUAACAUCAUCAGGAACCGCCGUUUCAAAUCUUCUUCCAGCGGUGGUUGAAGCCAGUGAGGAUUUCUUGCCUCUGCUACUACUUACUGCAGAUCGUCCUCCUGAACUUCAGGGAGUGGGCGCAAAUCAAGCUAUAAAUCAAAUAAACCACUUUGGUUCGUUUGUCAGAUUCUUCUUCAAUCUUCCUCCUCCAACUGAUCUUAUACCAGUCCGGAUGGUCCUUACUACUAUAGACUCUGCUCUACAUUGGGCAACAGGUUCUGCUUGUGGACCAGUACAUAUGAAUUGUCCUUUUAGAGACCCACUUGACGGUAGUCCAACAAAUUGGUCAUUCAACUGCUUAAAUGGAUUAGACAUGUGGAUGUCCAAUUCUGAACCAUUCACAAAAUAUUUUCAAGUUCAAAGCCUCAAGAGCAAUGGUGAAACAACUGGCCAAAUUACUGAGGUCUUAGAAGUAAUCAAAGAGGCUAAGAAGGGUCUUCUUCUUAUCGGUGCAAUCCAUACGGAGGAUGAAAUUUGGGCUUCUCUUCUGUUGGCUAAAGAACUGAUGUGGCCGGUUGUUGCAGAUGUCUUGUCUGGUGUACGGCUGCGCAAGCUGUCUAAGCCUUUUCUUGAGAAGUGGACCCCUAUUUUUGUUGAUCAUCUUGAUCAUGCCCUGCUUUCAGAUUCUGUUAAGAAUUUGAUUGAGUUUGAUGUUGUUAUCCAGGUUGGAAGUCGGAUAACAAGUAAAAGAGUUUCUCAGGUGCUGGAGAAAUGCUUUCCAUUUGCAUACAUUUUGGUUGAUAAGCAUCCAUGCCGACAUGAUCCAUCACACUUGGUCACUCACAGGGUCCAAAGCAAUAUCGUUCAGUUUGCUGAUUGCGUGCUUAAAUCUCGUUUUCCAUGGAGGAGAAGCAAAUUGCAUGGUCAUUUACAUGCAUUGGAUGGCGCAAUUGCCCGCGAAAUGUCAUUUCAAUUAUCUGCUGAGUGCUCCCUGACCGAACCUUAUGUGGCACAUAUGCUUUCCAAAGCAUUGACUUCCAAAUCUGCUCUUUUCAUCGGAAAUAGUAUGCCAAUAAGGGAUGUGGAUAUGUAUGGAUGUAGUUCGGGAAAUUAUUCGCACGUGGUAGAUAUGAUGUUAAGUGCAGAACUGCCAUCUCAAUGGAUACAAGUAACUGGAAAUAGAGGAGCUAGUGGCAUUGAUGGCUUGCUCAGCUCCGCCACUGGCUUUGCUGUAGGGUGCAAGAAGAGAGUUGUCUGUGUGGUGGGAGACGUCUCUUUCCUUCAUGAUACAAAUGGAUUGGCGAUUUUGAAGCAGAGGACUGCGAGGAAAGCAAUGACAGUUCUCGUGAUAAAUAACCGUGGAGGUGGAAUCUUCCGACUUCUUCCUAUAGCAAAGAGAACAGAGCCUAGCGUGUUGAAUCAAUAUUUCUAUACAUCACAUGACAUUUCCAUAGAAAACUUGUGUUUGGCACAUGGUGUGAAGUAUGUACACGUUGGGACAAAAAGGGAACUUGAGGAAACUCUAUUGGAACCCAGCGUUGAAGAGAUGGAUUGCAUUGUGGAGGUUGAAAGCUCUAUUGAUGCUAACGCGAUCGUUCAUAGUACUUUGGAGAGUUUUGCACGCCAAGCUGCAAAUAAUUCCUUGGGCAUUAUCUCGGCCAGUUCUGUUCUUCAUCCAAUGAUCGACAGUGUACUUCUUUUCCAAGUCUCUGGAAUACAAUAUUCGCGGUACAGAGUCGGACUGUGCGACAGACCUACCAUAUAUUCUGGUGAAUCCUCUCAAUUCCAUAGAGAAGGGUUCAUACUCUCCCUUACUUUGGAGGAUGGAAGCAUUGGCUGCGGAGAGGUUGCACCUUUGGACAGUAGUAGGGAGAACUUAAUGGAUGUUGAGGGGCAGCUACAGUUGAUUCUUCACCUUAUGAAAGGAGCUAAAGUCAGUCACAUGCUUCCUUUGUUAAAUGGCUCGUUUUCUUCCUGGAUUUGGAGUGAACUUGGAAUCACUGCAUCAUCAGUUUUCCCAAGUGUCAGAUGUGGUCUGGAAAUGGCUCUUCUGAAUGCAAUGGCAGUAAAACAUGAUUCUGGUUUAAUGGGGAUACUUCAUUGUCAGAAAGAAGAAAAUGGUUCUGCUCAGCCACACUCUGUUCCAAUAUGUGCCCUUCUUGAUUCUGAAGGUACUCCAUCAGAGGUCGCAUACGUUGCUAGAAAACUUGUUGAAGAAGGGUUCAGUGCUAUUAAACUUAAAGUUGCUCGUCGAGUGAACUCCGUUCAAGAUGCUUUAGUUCUGCAAGAAGUAAGGAGACUAGUUGGCGAUCAAAUUGAACUCCGUGUAGAUGCUAAUUGUCGCUGGACUUUUGAAGAGGCUAUAACGUUUGGUUUAUUGGUGAAAAAAUGCAAUCUACAGUAUAUUGAGGAACCUGUCCAGAAUAAAGACGAUCUUAUAAGGUUUUGUGAAGAAAGUGGAUUACCAGUAGCACUUGAUGAGACUCUUGAUGAUUUUAAGGAAUGUCCCUUGCGCAUGCUUGCCAAAUAUACCCAUCCUGGAGUAGUUGCUGUUGUUAUUAAACCAAGUGUUGUCGGAGGGUUUGAGAUUGCAGCACUGAUUGCUCGCUGGGCACAGCAGCAUGGAAAGAUGGCUGUUAUAAGUGCCGCAUAUGAAAGUGGCCUAGGUUUGUCAGCAUAUAUUUUGUUUGCAUCAUAUUUGGAGACGGAGAACGUCAAAACAUUUAGAGAGAGAAAGCAAGGAAUGGCCCCUCUUGUGGCUCAUGGUCUUGGAACCUACAAAUGGCUUAAUGAAGACGUAAUGAUGAAUAGUUUAGGGAUAUCUCGUAGUCCGUACAGUGGAUUUAUCGAAGGAUCUGUUGCUGAUGCUAGCAAAAAUCUAAAGGAUGUUAACAUAAACAACGAUGUUAUUGUAAGAACCAGCAUAGGAGUUCUCGUCCGGAGGUGUGAACUGAGGGUGGACGUAGGUGGUUUCUCUCAUUUUGUAAGAAUCCACGAGGUUGGGCAGAAUGUAGAAGGAAGUGUAGUUAUGUUUCUUCAUGGGUUUCUUGGAACUGGUGAAGAAUGGAUCCCCAUCAUGAAGGGUAUCUCGGGAUCUGCAAGAUGCAUUUCAGUUGAUAUCCCUGGUCAUGGAAGCUCAAGGGUACAGAGUAAUGCUAGUGAGACCCCAACUUUCUCAAUGGAGAUGAUAGCGGAAGCACUGUAUAAAUUGAUUGAGCAAAUUACUCCUGGCGAAGUUACCAUAGUUGGAUAUUCCAUGGGAGCAAGAAUAGCACUGUACAUGGCUUUGAGAUUUAGCAACAAGAUCGAAGGCGCUGUUGUGGUAUCGGGGAGCCCCGGGAUCAAGGAUCCAGUGGCAAGGAAAGUUCGAAGUGCAACAGAUGAUUCUAAAGCACGAAUGAUGGUUGACCAUGGACUAGAAAUCUUUGUGGAGAACUGGUACAAUGGAGGCUUGUGGAAAAGUUUCAGAAGUCACCCCCAUUUCAGAAAAAUAGUUGCAAGCCGCUUGGUACAUGAUGAUGUCCUUAGUGUUGCAAAGUGCCUCUCAGAUCUGAGCACUGGGAGACAGCCGUCAUUGUGGGAAGAGUUGGCUGAUUGUGAUACAAAUGUCUCACUUGUCUUCGGAGAGAAAGAUGUAAAAUUCAAGAAAAUUGCUAGUAGGAUGUACCUUGAGAUGAGUAAAAGCAAGAAGAGCGAAAUCCAUAUCAUUGAGACGGUUGAAAUCCCAGAAGCUGGCCACGCUGUUCAUCUGGAGAGCCCUCUCCACUUGAUCCUCGCUCUUAGAAAGUUCUUAACAAGAGUGCGCAAAAACUCUGCAGAGACAGAGCUUUCGCAGAAGCUCUUGUUAGCACUUAAAGAAACAUAAGCAAACUCUACCGAAAUCUGAGAAAUGUAUCAGAUUUUGGAUAAUGAAGACAUUAUUUUGAUUAUUGAAUGGACCUUUCUCAGGCAUGAACUAAAUUGAUUUAAGUAAUCAUAUAUAUUUUGUUUUGAAUUUGUGUAUUGCUCCGCUGUCUAAUAAAGUAGAAGUUAUGAUGGUU